AUACCUCUCGUCACUGCAUGAAUGGACAUUUGAACGUGCUUUUGUCAAAUGCUUGCAAGCAUGGAGACCUCAUCAAUGCUUUCCUCAUUGAAUGAGGAGUGUAAAUCAGACAACUACAUUGAGCCUCACUACAAGGAAUGGUAUCGGGUAGCUGUUGAUACUCUGAUUGAACACGGAUUAGAAGCAUACCAAGAAUUUCUUGCCAAGGAACGAGUUUCGGAAUUUCUAGCUGAGGAAGAAAUUAUUUAUAUUCUGAAAAAUGUCAAGAAAGUUGCUCAGAGUACAACACAUGGUACUGAUAAUUCCUAUGAUGAUACCUCAUCUUCCGGGACGUACUGGCCCAUUGAGUCUGAUGUUGAAGCUCCAAACCUUGACUUGGGCUGGCCAUAUGUGAUGCCUGGACUCUUAGGGGGCACCCAUAUAGACCUCCUUUUUAACCCACCAAGAGUACACCUACUUACAAUAAAGGAAACUGUUCGGAAGAUGAUAAAAGAAGCAAGAAAGGUCAUUGCUUUAGUAAUGGAUAUAUUUACAGAUGUGGACAUUUUCAAGGAAAUAGUUGAAGCAUCAACUCGAGGAAUAUCUGUAUACAUUCUGCUUGAUGAGUCAAAUUUUAAUCAUUUUCUAAAUAUGACUGAAAAACAGGGUUGUCAAAUUCAACGUCUCAGGAAUAUUCGAGUACGGACAGUAAAAGGCCAAGAUUAUCUUUCAAAAACAGGAGCAAAAUUCCAUGGAAGACUGGAACAGAAAUUUUUGUUAGUUGACUGCCAGAAAGUUAUGUAUGGUUCUUACAGCUACAUGUGGUCAUUUGAAAAAGCUCACCUCAGCAUGGUUCAGAUCAUCACAGGACAACUUGUUGAGUCCUUUGAUGAAGAAUUUAGAACACUCUAUGCCAGAUCCUGUGUCCCCAGUUCAUUUGCUCAGGAAGAAUCUGCAAGGGUGAAACAGGGCAAAGCCCUCUGGGAGAAUGGCACUUACCAGCAUGCAGUGUCUUCCUUAGCUUCCGUUUCCAGCCAAAGAAACCUUUUUGGUAGACAAGACAAUAUUCACAAACUGGAUUCCAGUUGCUUCAAAAACAGAGGGAUAUAUGCUCUAAAUGAACAUGACAAGUAUAGCAUAAGGAAUCAUGUAUACAAACCUCAUUUUAUUCCAAAUUUUAAUGGUCCAAAUACAAUCCGUCAGCAACAACCCAGUCAGUUAAAUGAAAAUUGGAAAAGACAUAGUUAUGCCGGAGAGCAGCCAGAAACAGCACCAUACCUGCUGCUUAACAGGGCUCUGAAUCGAGCCAAUAAUCCACCCAGUAAUUGGAAAAGGCCUUCAGAUAGUCUCAGUGUAGCAUCGUCAUCACGGGGACGCUACACAAACCACCAUAACACACCUGCCCAGAGUUUCGCUAAUCGGCUCGCCCAGAGAAAAACAACAAAUCUUGCAGAAAGGAAUUCAGAAGUGCGGAGGUCUUUUAAUGGGACAGAUAAUCAUAUUCGCUUUUUGCAACAACGAAUGCCAACCCUUGAACAUACCACAAAGUCAUUCCUGCGUAACUGGAGAAUUGAAUCCUACUUAAAUGAUCAUUCAGAGGCUGCACCUGAUUCAGCUCUGGGUGACCGUUUUGAGGGCUAUGAUGGUUCUGAGAAUUUGAAAGCCAAUGCCCUUUAUACUCAUUCUCGGCUUCGUUCAUCUUUUGUAUUUAAACCAACUUUACCAGAGCAGCAGGAAGUUAACAGUUGUACAACUGAAUCCUCCAAUUCAACAAUCAUUGGUUCCCAAGGAAGUGACACAUCUAGAGAGGUCCCAGACACCCUUGCAAGUGUAGAGCAGUUGACAGACAAACCCUCGUCAGACUCAAUCCCCAAGCUUCCACCGCACUCUGAGGCACCAAAAAUUCACACCUUGCAAGUUCCCAAAAACCACUCACCAGUCUUAAACCAUGCUACAAAUGGCCAUCCAGAGUCCAACAACUAUGUAUACACAACUUUGUGUGCAGAUAAGCAAACAGAAAAUCUAAAGAACCAACAAAAUGAGAAUCUGCUUAAAAGGCGAAGUUUCCCAUUCUUUGACCACGCAAAAGGCAAUUUGGAUAGAAAUAGUAAGCACUAUGUAUAUAGUACACUUACGAGGAAUCAAAUUAGACAACCAGAAAAACCCAAGGAAGAUUUACUAAAAAGUUCUAAAAGCAUGCACAAUGUGACCCAUAACACGGAGAAGGAUGAUAAGGUUGUCAAGAUAGACCCUCCAAGUGGCACUGCUACCAAGUCAAUUUCCAUUGCUGCUUUACCUGAUGUGAACAAAGAGGAGUCCAACAAAGAACUCACUUCAAAGAAGGAGGUUAAGGGUUCUCCAAAUUUUUUGAAAAAGGGAUCUCAGAAGUUAAGGUCAUUACUUAGCCUUACCCCAGAAAAGAAGGAAAAUCUAUCUAAAAAUAAAGCACCUGCCUUUUAUAGAAUGUGUAGUAGUUCUGAUACUUUAGUUUCUGAAGCUGAAGAGAAUCAAAAACCAAAAAAAUCAGAGACAAAAGUUGAUUCAUCUCCUAGAAGGAAGCGUUCUUCCGCAUCAAAUUCUCAAGAAAGCCUCCACAAGAGUAAGGAAGAUGUAACAGUUAGCUCACCUAAGGCGGUAAAUUCUCCAUCAGAUGAAAGCAAUAAAAUAAUACCUUCUCCAGGUCCAGUUGAAAGCAAGUUCUCGGAAAGGGCAGGAGAUGCCUCUGCCCCAAGAUUUAACACUGAACAGAUCCAAUACCAAGAUUCAAGGGGGAUUAAUGCAGCUGUUGCUCCUGAAAGAAGACCAGCUCCUUCUCCAAGGCCAAACCCCAGUGAGCUUCUAAGAUCUCAUUCAAUUGACAGGCGAGUUUACAGUCGUUUUGAGCCCUUUUGUAAGAUUGAGAGCUCUAUUCAGCCAACAUGCAACUUGUCGAAUACCAAUAUACACCGCCCAGAAGUAAAAUCCUCUACUAUGGGCAACAAUUAUGGCAGGUCCAGCCCAUUGCUUAAUUACAACACUGGCGUUUAUCGCUCAUAUCAACCAAAUGAAAACAAGUUUCGAGGAUUUAUGCAAAAGUUUGGAAACUUCAUACACAAAAAUAAAUAAAAUACCAUAAUUUUAAAUGAUCAUUAAAGUACAAAAUGAAUAUGGUUGUAAAUAUUUAUCCAAAGAGCACUCUGGACAGUUUUUGUAAUGUGCCA